AUGAGCCUGAACUACUCCAACCAAGAAACGAGUGUCACCGUUGGCGAGAGUGUCCGCGACGAAGAUGUCUUUAUCCUGCAAUCGAGCGAACCCGGAAACGUCAACGAUGGACUCAUGGAGCUUCUGAUCAUGAUCCACGCCUGCAGAACCGCUUCUGCCCGCCGAAUCACUGCCGUUAUUCCAUGCUUCCCUUAUGCUAGACAGGACAAGAAGGAUAAGAGCCGUGCUCCGAUCAGCGCGAAAUUGGUUGCAAACAUGCUCCAAGUUUCGGGAUGCAACCACGUCAUCACGAUGGAUCUCCACGCCUCACAGAUCCAAGGUUUCUUCAACAUCCCCGUCGAUAACUUGUAUGCCGAGCCUAGCGUGCUGCAGUGGAUCAAGCAGAACAUGAGCGUCGAGGACACCGUCAUCGUCUCUCCCGAUGCCGGCGGUGCCAAGCGAGCCACAGGUAUUGCCGAUCGCCUUGAGACGGGCUUCGCCCUCAUUCACAAGGAGCGUCCUCGCCCCAACGUUGUCGGUCGCAUGAUUCUCGUCGGAGAUGUCAGAGACAAGAUUGCUAUUCUCGUCGACGACAUGGCUGACACCUGCGGCACCCUCGCCAAGGCCGCUGAGACUCUCAACAACGCUGGUGCCCGUGAAGUCAUUGCCAUCGUUACCCACGGUGUCCUGAGUGGCAACGCCGUCGAGACACUGAACAACAGCUGCUUGUCUCGUAUCGUAGUUACCAACACCGUUCCUCUGGGCGACAAGAUUGAACGCUGCCCCAAGCUGCGCGUCAUCGAUAUCAGCCAGGUUCUGGGUGAGGCCAUUCGCCGAACUCACAACGGUGAGAGCGUCAGCUACCUCUUUAACCACGUGCCUGUGUAG